GAUCUGGCCGGAUAUCUGAACGACAAGCUCCAGGCACCAAGAAGUGAGCAAACACUGAACCUGCACUUUCAUGAUCAUUCAUUCUGCCUGUUGAGUAAGAAGCUGAGUGACAUUAUCCAAUCUCUGGGGGCCAAGGCUAAUGAUGUCCCAAAGAUAUUUGUAGAUCACUAUAUUUCCCUAAUGUUGCAAGAGCUGGACAAACCUAAAGGUGAGUCCUUAUAUGAUUACAGGAACUGUAUCCAGGCAGUGCUCCUGGACAAACCCAAAACUGUGACAGCCAAUCUGAAGAAGUACUUGGAAAAGCCGAUGAAAUGUCUGAAGAGCAUGUGGUCAGUUGGGAAGACAGGACUCACUGACCUCACUGAGUGUUGCUUGAGAUAA